AUGAAGGAGUUUCUGGACACGCACGCGCAGCAGCUUGUUGAUGUCGAGGAUGUCGUGGAUGAUGCUAUCGGCGACGGUUGGGAUCUCAACCUGGAUCCCAUCGCCCUUGAUACCACUCCCCACGAAGCCGUCGACGUGGUCAAGCUCGUCUGGACCGAGAACCAGGUCAGUGAUUUGAGCAAACGUCACGCGUCGGUGUCCACCUCUGUCGCCCCUUCAGCGAAGACGCGCGGCUUGGAUUCGAUCUUUAGCAAGGUGAUGGCCACCUUUGUAGCCCUCUGCAACGAGAUGCAGCUGCUCCAGCGCGAAGCCGAGGAAGAACUCUACGCUCCGCUCCACAUCUACGGCGAGGGCAUGCAUGAUGGCCAAGCCGAACAAGAAGGCGAUGCUCAAUUGUGCUUUGCGAAAAUGCUCCCCGUCCUUCAACACCUGGCUACCUUUACGUCCCGCGUCGUGCAAGUCGUAAAGAACGUUGUACAGCAGUUUGCAAUGAUGUACACGUCGAAAAUUUCCGCCCAAACGAUCGAUCCUCGCGGCGUCCAUCUUCACACCGUGUUUCGAAACCUCGGCAAUCUGCUCAUGUGCAUGGCAACCCUGGACGAGAUCCUCUUCCAAAACGCGAUCUUGGCCCGCCACAAGGACCACUACAAGCUCAUGCUCAAACAUAUCAAGAGUCACUCUGAGCAGUUCCAAACAACCCGAGAGCAGCUGAUGCCCUUUGAGCAGUUUCUCAAAAUUCUUGAGGGCCUACAAGAUGGCAUGCUCUUUCAGCGCUGCGUGGACCAGUGCUUUGACGACGAUACGGUGAUGGUGUCUCCCAACACCAUUCUGCAAGGCGAGUUCCUCGAGCUCCUGCGCCUGAACACGGCCGCCCUGGAAGCGCGCGUGGGCACACCGAAGGAUCGUCGCCACCGCAACGACUUUAUGGGCCUUGUCUGCAACUACAUUCUCUUUGAGACUAUCUUUCGUAGUCAGGAUCGACGUAUGCUCAAGAGCAUUUGGGACCUGCAAAAGCAAUUGCCAGCCGUUCACAUCUAUGGCACCAUCGUCGUCAUGCCCAACGACUUUAUUCUUCAAAAGCUCCCGCACCUCAAGGCCCUUGUCGACAAGAAGUUUGCGCAGCGACCGUGGGACCGCCCUCAUGCACAUGCCUUCGCUGCCGGUCACCUCACUCGUAGCGAGGCCCAAAACAUCUACCGUCGUGUGGUGGCUUGGAUGGUACAGUUUGAUGCCAAGUUUCGUCCUGAGAUGUCGGACAUGGAAAUGCUCGAGGCGCAAAGCAAUUUCUUGCUGCAAGGCCUGCUCUUUGCAUACCAGAUUCGCCACCUUUUGACCACCUUCUUGGUCUUGCACGCCGAACUGCAAGUCAAGCUCAAUUCGGCACACGUGCGGGAAGUACUGCGGCUCGCCGAGCUGCUCAAAGCAAUCCAACAAACGUACCAUCGUCGUAGUCUCUUCGUUGCUCAAGCCAUUCAGCAAUCUGGCCAACACCUGGCUCAGACUUGCACCAAUCUGGUGACCCAGGCAUACGACCAGUCCACCAAGCGCGCCAACUUGCCGCCACGCGAGCUGGACGUGCAAAGCGCCCUUGAGCUGCUCCGUCGUUGCUGCAUCGGUCCCUCCACCCGCCUGCGCAAGCUAGCCUGUGAGGUUGCCGUGCACAUUGCCACGGGUUCCAAGCAAUUUCCCCCAGCACACGUGGAAAAGUUUUUGCGAACCCGCGAGCGCCUGGACAUGCUGCAUUCCCUUCGCGACGAGAUCAAUCGUGCCUGCGAUGCAUCAUUUUUUUACUGGCAUCGCCAUCUCUUUGGCCUGUACCUGCGCGACAUGUAUCGGGAACCACUCGAGGCCUACCGCCUGCCGUAUAUGAUGGCCACGCUCCAGGAUUGUGCCAUCGUCGCGAAGCGGGCGCAAGACUCCACCGGCGAGCCCAUCCUGACCGAGUUGCACAAGGAAAUCUUUGCCGAGCUGCAGCAGCACAUCAUUGAGCCGCUCUGCCUUGAUAUUGAGGAAGACCUACGCUUCCAAGCCCUCACUGAUGCCGUGCACCGGCGAGAUAAGGAGUCACGGAAUCCACUGAAGGCGCAAACCAAGGAUCUGGUGCACUUUUUGCGCCUCAAUCCGUUGCGCUUCAAUGGAGACAUGCUCAACAUUAAGCGUGAGGUGACUCACUACCUGGAUCGUACUUUCUACAACCUGACGACGGUGUCCCUUUCCCUGUGGGCCAACUACGCCAAGAUGCGUUCUGUGGCUGCCAUCAAAUACGGCCUCGACAUGCAGGAGACCCACUUGCCCAGUCAGACUCUGGAACAGGGCUUGGACGUCUUGGAGAUCAUGCGCAACAUCCACACCUUUGUGAGCCGCUACAACUACAACCUCAACAAUCAGAUUUUCGUGCAAAAGUCGUCCCCAAAUAAGCAUCUCAACACCAUCAACAUCCAGCACAUUGCCAACUCCAUCCGCACACACGGCACUGGUAUCAUGAACACCACCGUCAACUUCACGUACCAGUUCUUGCGCAAGCGCUUCUUCACCUUUUCUCAGUUCCUGUUUGAUGAUCACAUCAAAUCGCGUCUCCUCAAGGAUUGCCGUUUCUUCCGUGAGAACCGCGAUGAGCUGGACCAGCAGUACCCCUUUGAGCGCGCGGAAAAGUUCAACCGAGGCAUUCGCAAACUUGGCGUCAAGGCUGAUGGCCGCACAUAUUUGGACCGUUUCCGAGAGCUUAUCACGGAGAUUGGCAACGGCAUGGCCUACAUUCGCAUGAUCCGCUCUGGCGGUUUGAACAUGUGCUCCAACUCGAUUCGCUUUCUCCCAGAUGUGACGGAUGUCGAGUCUUUUGUGGAGAUGCUGGAAGAGGCCGGUGCGCCCGAGCCCGACACCUUGCAGGCAGCUCGAAACCUGGACGCUGUUGUCAAUGACUUGGUGCAGCGUUUUGCCGAGGGCAGUGAUUACUUCAAGAUGCUGGUGGACAUCUUCGCCAAAGAGUUUCGCGCGGACAAGAACGCCCACUUGAAGAACUUUUACAUGAUGGUGCCUCCGCUGACGGUCAACUACGUGGAGCACAUGAUCUCGGCCAAGGAUCGCAUCACCAAAAAAAACAAAGACGGCGCCUCUUUCACUGAUGACGGCUUUGCCAUGGGUAUUGCCUAUAUCUUGAAGUUGCUGGAUCAGUACGAAGCCUUCGAUUCACUACACUGGUUCCAAGCCUGCCGCGCUCACUACCAGGGAGAAAAGUCUCGUGUGGUGGAGUCCAAGCGCACUCAGCGAGACGACGGCAAACUUCAAGAGGCCAUGUCCCUGAGCCUCAAGCGAGUUGAGCGUUAUCAGCGGGAGAUGGACAUGCUCUUUUUUUCACUGAGCAGCGCCCGCAUCUUCUUCCGAGCCGAUAAGGUAAUUGCUCAUGCGCUGGUGAAUUUAUAG